CCACUGAGACACUGGCAGAUCGGACAUCAAGAGAUUAUCUUCUUGGUACAGUCACGAUUCCAACCAGAGACCUGUUGAGAAGAAGAUCAGGUAUCACAGGCUGGUACCCAGUUACCCUAUCUGAAGAUUUAAUGCCUUCGGACUGCACAAAUGUCCUGCAGGCCAUUGUGGGAGGACUGGAAGUUUCUGUUACCUUUGCUCAUCAGGAUGACAGAGAGCGUGUUUUGGAGGCUGCUAAGCUCUUAGGAUGGAACAGUGAGGAGAGCCAUGAAGACGACAUGGAUGACAGCAAUGGAUGGGAGCAGAGCGCCAAGCCUGUGACCGCGACCAUCUCAACCCCAAGAGUAUGGCUGCCAGUCCACUGUGUGCUGCUUGCAGGCCAGACUCACCUAAAUAAAAGCACUUAUUGCUACCUCAGAUAUAAGCUAUAUAAUCAGGAAGCCACGUGGACUUUGCUUCGGAGGCCAGAGUUGAGUGACGACGCACGGAACGUUACAGUGAACUUUAAGAAACCAAACAAGGUGACUCUCAGAAGGAGCCAAGGACUGCUUUGGUUCUUCAGAGAGGAGAAAUUAGAAAUCCAGGUGUGGUGGGCGUAUGGUAAAGAAAAUGAUGUGGAAAGACCACUUGAUACAGAUCGUCUGAUUGGGUCUGCCUAUGUUGACCUCACAGCAUUAGCAGAGAGGUCAAGGACCACACUAAGUGUUAGUGGGGUUUAUCCAUUGUUCAGAUGCAACGCGGCAAACCUAGCAGGAGCUGCUGUACGCGUUCACGUCAUCCUUUCUUCCACUUCUGCUGCUCUGCCCAGCAGACUUCACUAUGCUGAAGAAUACAGCAACAGUGAAGAUGAAGGCAUGGAGAAAGCCCCUGAUCUGAGCCCACAGCUCUCUGAAAAUCAGAGUCAGAAAGUGGAUGUCGUACGUUCAGAAAUCACCAGCAGCAAACCACAAGAAGAAGACACGAUACUUCUGGAACAGACAGUUGCUGUCAAUAUCCUUGUGGAAAGAGCAAUGCAUCUGAGUUUAAAAGGGAGUCCUUUGACAGAACGUGAAGUAACAGCUCCCAGUAGCUGCGUAUCAUUUGCUGUUGCUGGUGCAGAUGCUCCAAUAACCACUUCAGUAGUAGAAAAUACAGACUCACCGGUCUGGGACUUUCAGCAACAAGCAAGAUUAUCCAAAGAGCUUCUGCUGGAUCCACAGCAAACCUUGGUCUUCAAAGUGUGGCAUAAAGCAGAUACUGAGCGAGUGAUAGGAUUUGCAUCCGUGGACCUUUCUCCUCUUCUUUCCGGCUUCCAGCUCGUGUGCGGAUGGUACAACAUUAUGGACUUCAGUGGUCAGUGCCGAGGGCAGAUCAAAGUAGCAGUUUCUCCUCUUCAAAAUAUAAAUAAUCUCAAAGAAGAAAGGCAGGCAAGGAUCCGGACCCAGCCAGCAAGUUCUUCAGUGAAGGCCAGCUUUCCAAUGCUUCCCAGUAAUGCUCCAAGCUUUUCCAGGCCAAUGAUGAAAGCCUUGUCAAAGGAAGUCAGUGUUCCUACUCGAGAGCAGCCUGUUUCUAGCAGAAUUAAUCCCCCUGCGACACACACGCCUCGUCAUGAAGAGCACAUGCAGAACGUGCGCAGGUUUCAUGAAUCCCUGCAGCAAGCAGAAGGGAACACGCACCGGGCAGCAAAGAUGGACUCACUAUCGCUGUCAUCACGUGCCUCUCUUCUAACUGCUCUCAGAAAAAACUUGAGUGAGCUGGAUGAGGUUCAAAGAUACUUCAGUCAGAAGCUGGCCAGGUCAUUUCCUGACUUCAGUUAUGGAAACACAUCCAAACCAAGCCAUGAGGAGCAGGAAAGCGAUCAGAAGGGCUUGAUGAGCAGAGAAGUAGAUCCCAAUGCAUGCCAUCUUCUGGAAAAAUCUAGUCAGUUGGUGUCUCAGGUCAGCAGCCUAAUCAAUGACUUACAGACUAUGACUAAAAGCAGUAAUGAAUCUUCUAAUGUGCAUCAAGACAGCAGCAGAAAGCUGGGUGCUACACAGGUACCCAACCAGAAGGAUGAAGAAGCCAGAACUGAAGUAUGUCCAGGCCAGCGUGAGUUGGACUCAUGCAGCGUCUGCAGCGAUGCACAGCAGCCGUGCUCCUCUGGGAGACCUGUGUUUGAGAGGCACAUGUUGCGUGAAUUUCUAGAGCAAGCUGUCCCUGAAGGUGAGCAUCCUUCGCCAACGGACUGCAUCCAGGAAAACAAAGGUGCUUUUGCCAUCGAGCUGCACAGUGAAGAAGAAUAUGAAGAAGACAUUAUAGAACCGCGAACUCUUAACGAAAUAACAACCAUAACGGACAAAACGAGUCCCUGGUCCAGCAUGCUGUCUGAAGUGGAGCAGGGUGCUGACCAGCAGCCCAUACACAUGGGGCCUGAAGAUCAGCACUCGGUGGAUACAGAGUGUUUGCAAAGAGGAGACAGCAGACAGAGCAGCACCUUCUCCAGCAUACUCCAAGCUGACAACCAAAGCAUGCUCACCGCCCUUAGCCCGUGCGUUAGCCUCCACGCAGACGAGGGCAGUCCUUGGGCAGUAACAGAAGGCUUUCAGAGCUUGAAUAAUAGCAAAGAAACAACUGGGAAGGAGCUCUUUCAGCCUGCUUGUUUGUCAGAAAUGCAUCAAACAGCCAAUGACUCUGUAGAAAAUGGAAACUGUGACUGGGAUAGAGCAUUUAACACUAAACCAGUAGACCAGAAUGUAGAGUUUCAUGCAGCCUCCAAAGAACUACUGGAAUUUCCACCAGAUGUUGGUUUGACCAAUCCAAAAACCACAGAAAGAGAGAAGGAGGAAAAUGGUGUAAAUGAAGCUCGCCAAGACCAGGAAGGAAGUGGUUCUGAUGAGAUCUGUGUUAGGAGCGUAUCAGCCCAAGCAGGCUCCGAAGGAAACCAUGAAAGCUUUUCUGAUGACAGUAGCGAGGACCUACUGGAAGAGUCAGAAAAGUCUGUCAAACCAGAAAUUCUUUUAUCUGGUCCUGUUGUUCCCAACUUCUUCCUUCCGCCCCAGCAGAUGGAAGCCUCCAUGAGACUGCUCGGCAUUUCUUCUCAUCCUUCCACACUGGGGAAUGGCGCCAGCAGCGGAGGGAUCCCGUACCGGAGGUGGACUUGUCCCAGGCCCACGGCCGAUCUCACGGAGGAGGAAACCAAAAGGAUCGCCCGGAUCUUCUCUGCACAGCUGCCCAAGAAGGAAUAG